AUGUCUUCCCAACCACAAGCAAAGUCGCACUCUAUCUCUUCCCUUAUGCGAGCCGACCUGCUCUACAUCCUCAGCUCCAAGCUCGCCGCAUUCAUCCCAACUAAUCUGGACGGUGUCACGCAUUACUCGAUCCCAAACGAGGCACGCACCCGCUCACCUGGUAGCGCGCCCGCCUCGCCAGGGGGUGCAAGCGCCUUAGCGCGUCGCCUCGCUGUUGCGGUCAAGCGCAAGCUUUUCACGCUCGGGCCGGACGUGAUUGCGAGUAGUGCUGAUGGGAUGAGCAAAGAAAGAGGAGGAGGAGGAGGAGCCCCCUUUCCCUCCGGGCCCCUCGGAAGUCUAACCGUAGCCAGUCACACACUCGCUCUUGCCGAUGAGAUCCGACCCUGGCUCGCAAAGUGCACUCGCGCUCAGCAGCACGCUGUCGAUACCAUUCAUGCAGAAGGUGGGUUCAAAUCGCUGGCAGACUACGGACGCAAGCUGUACACUGGUGUGGGCAAAUUCGAGAAUGUGAGAUUGUCAAAGCGCGGCCCGUACGAAGGCCUAGUGGAGAAGGGUGGCGAGGACGAAUGCUUCGCGCUCGAACGCUUGAGCCUACAGCCAUACACACUUCGCCGCCUCUCUGCCCCUUCAGGAGGUGACUUUGCGACACACGACGCGGUGCUACCUUUCACCGUUGAGGACGCCACGGUUUACCAGCUCACGGACGGUGAAGCGUCUUCACUGCUCGAGCUCCUACGUGCCAGCCUGCUGUACUACGUGGACUAUCGAUUCCUGACCAAGGAGCGACUAGAUGAACAACAGGGCCAGUACACUGCAGCAACGGAUGCCUACUUCUUUGUCCACCCAGCCACAAAGGCGUUUCUCCCCCUCGCUAUUCGUACUCACGCCAUCGGCCCCAGCGGAUCCGCUGCGCCCGUGUUGUACACUCCCUUGGAUCAGAAGGCGCAGUGGCAGCUCGCGAAGCUCGUCUUCAAUCAGAACGACCUCUGGUGGAGCCAGAUCUACCAUCUAGUUGCAACGCACGAGAUCCUCGACUUGGUGCUGGCGAAGGCGAUCAGGUCCUUUUCAGUGCAUCAUCCCGUCUUUGCGUUCCUUGUGAGAACGUGCAGGAAGGCGUUUGGGAUCCGACCGGCUUUCAACGAGUUCCUUUUUCCCCCUGGCGGACCAAUCGACUCCAUCUUCCCCUUCGCUUCAGGCACCGCAGCCCGCUUCGCUUCUGAUCUGUGGAAGCGCGAGAAGCUCGAAGAGGGAGGCGGAGGCGCACGUUUUUUGAGCAGUCGACACUACUACGAUCUCGAGCAGCGUGGUCUUGUUGUGCCUCUACCCUCCGACAUCGGCGAUGGUGAUGAGGUGGAAGAAGAGGCCAACGACAAGGGCGACGGGGGAGUUGGUUCACCGCGCGCCGGGGGUCAGCUGCCACUCUUCCCCUACUUCGAGGACACGGCAGCCCUAUACCACGAGAUCAUUCAGGUGGUCGACGCCUUCGUACACUCUUUAUAUCCAACGGAUACGGCCGUUUGCGGAGACGAAGAAUUGCAGACAUUCGUACAAGAGCUCAACGAAACGGCCAACACGCAGCAGGAGGGCAAGAAAGUCCAUCCCGACUUUCCCAGAUCGCUGAAUACAGUGGACUUGGUAGUGCAGUUCCUCUGCCAGGUCGUCUUCUUGUCGGCCAUCAAGCACAACGUGAUGAAUGGGAGCGGGCCUUCCCAGGGCCAUGGCGUGUUGCCUUGGCAUCCGGGUGCUUUCUACUGGCCCAUCCCAGCUACGCCGGAGGCGAAGGUCAAGGAUGGCCCUGCCUCGAUGGACGACUUGCUCAAGUGGCUGCCUAGCACAGAGAAGGCGUGCGAGCAGGUGAGGCUGAUGUGCGCCUUCAAUCGACCUGGAUACAAGGGGACAGACGCGGAUUUGGUGCACUUGUUCGCUCCGCUGACCAAGCACGUCUGCCGUGCUGAGGGGUUUGUCAAGGCGGAGGCUGCCUAUCGUGCUGCAAUGCUGAAGAGAAGCCGGAUGGUGCAGGCCAGGAAGUUGGACGACAACGGGAAGUGCGAGGGCUUACCCUUCGCGUGGACGCUGCUUGAUCCGCAGAGCAUGCCUGGUUACGCGGCCAUUUGA